AUGAAAUUCACUUUAAUAUUGUUGAUGGCUGGCAUUGCGUGCAUCGUGGCCGCACCCGUUGCCGAGGAGCAGCAGCAGCAACAGUCGGUUGAGUCGUCGGCCAAGGCCAAGCGCGGCCUUGCUUUGGGUCUCGGCUAUCACGCGCCCUUGUUAACCCAUUCGCAUUAUGUGGCAGCACCCACAUUCGUUCAUCAUGCGCCAUUGAUUUCGCAUGCACCGCUCAUCUCGCAUGCACCGCUCAUUGCGCACCAUCCGGUCUCAUCGAUCUCCUACCAUCUGCCCAGCUACCAUUCCAUUCAUCAUUUCUGA